CCUCGUUUUUUGACUGCUGACUUCUCAUCCACUGAUAAAAGGCCGCUCCUUUGACCCUUCGGCAACGAGUGCUCUCCCCACUUCUCCACUUCCUUUCUCUUCAUCUCGGUACCUGCCGCCCUCCUCCAUUCCUGCUCUCUUUCUCGGAUGGCUCUUCUUCCGGUGGCGCUGCCCUGCCUCUCCUCCCUCCUCCUCCUCCUCCUCCUCGUCGCCUCGCCGGCCUCCUCCAGCAACUCCGAGGGAGAGGCGUUGCACGCAUGGAGGACGCGGCUCACCGAUCCCACCAACGUGCUGCAGAGCUGGGAUCCCACCCUCGUCAACCCCUGCACCUGGUUCCAUGUCACCUGCGACUCCCAGAACCGUGUUAUUCGCAUAGAUUUGGGAAAUUCCAACAUCUCCGGCCCUCUCGCCUCCGAGCUUAGCCGCCUGGAGCACCUGCAAUACCUGGAGCUCUACAGGAACAACUUCGAGGGCAAAAUCCCUGCGGAGUUGGGCAAUUUGAAGAGCCUCAUCAGCAUGGAUUUGUAUGAGAACCGACUGCAAGGAGAGAUUCCAAAGUCCUUUGCCAAAUUGAAGUCACUUAGAUUCUUGCGGCUAGACAACAACAGGCUUUCCGGAGCCAUUCCCAGAGAGCUUGUUUUGCUUUCAAAUCUCAAAGUCUUGGAUGUUUCAAACAAUGAUCUUUGUGGAACCAUUCCAAUUGAUGGACCAUUUGCAAACUUUCCUCUUCAGAGCUUUGACAACAACAGUAGACUUAAUGGACCGGAGCUACAAGGACUCGCCUCCUAUGACUUUGGCUGUUGAAUCCAACAUGUACCAGCUUUGAGGAGUAUGCUGCGAUUGGGUGAUCACAACUGCUUUCAGACACACAGGAAGAUGGCUAUAGUUUAGUGGUUAUACAAAUCUUGGAUGACCAAUAAUCUGAUAUAUGUAGUGUUUAAAAUGUUAUGUAGCAAAAGGAUCUAUGCCACCAAUCCACAUAGAAUCGAAAUGAAGACAAAACUUGAAUUAUCAUAAAGAUUGCAGUGUGAUUGUCUGUUAAUGCUGAUGACAGAACUAUUUGCUCGAGUUCAAAGGAAAAUGGCAGAAUGUUACAUGUUCUUGU